GACCAGGGCCUGGACCAAGAUGUGGACCAGGACCUGACAGACCCUCCAAAGCUCAGAGACCUGCAACUGGACCUGGACCAGGACCAGGGCCUGGACCAAGAUGUGGACCAGGACUUGACAGACCCCCCAAAGCUCAGAGGAUCCACCACAGACCAGAGUCCUCUGGACCUGAUCCUGGACCUGGAUCCAGUUGUGUGUCCUUCAGGAGUGACCGGUCCAGCAUGGAACCAACAGAUUUUUCCACAGAGACACCUGCACCUGGACCUGGACCAGGACCUCGACCAAGACGUGGACCAGGACCUGAUAGACUGCCCAAAGCUCAGAGACCUGGACCUGGACCUGGAACUGGACCUGGACCCAGUUGUGUGUCCAUGAAGAGCAUUGACUCCAAGGACUUCAACACUGACUUUAAACCGGAUCGUUCGUCAGAGUCAGUGAUCCACCACAGACCAGAGUCCUCUGGACCUGAUCCUGGACCUGGAUCCAGUUGUGUGUCCUUCAGGAGUGACCGGUCCAGCAUGGAACCACCAGAUUUUUCCACAGAGACAGUGGAGCAGCAGAGCUCAGAGGUUCCCAGUGAUCCACAGCAUCCAACUCAGCUGGACUCCACAUGUGAGGAAACACAGAUGGCGGCAUUUAAAGAAAGUCUGUUGAAAAUUCUGGAGGAUUUGAAUGAUAGUGACUUUAAAAAGGUCAAGUUGUUCUUGGAAAAUGAAAAACCACGAAUCCCAGUGAGUAAACUGGAGGAUGCAGACCGGAUAGACACAGUACGUCGGAUGGUCCAGACCUACUACACAAAUACUCAGAAAGUCACUGUAAGGAUUCUGAAGAAGAUGGAAAGGACUGAUCUGGUGAAGAAACUUCCAGAAGGCAUCCUAGUAUGUAAAGAGAGCAUUGACCAGUGUCGGCGAAAACUGAAGGAUAAGCUGAAGCGGAAGUUUGUGCGUGUGUUUGAGGGCAUCGUUAAAGCGGGACACCCCAAAACCCUCCUGAACCAGAUCUACACAGAGCUCUACAUCACAGAGGGAGGGGCUACAGAGGUCAACCAGGAACAUGAGGUCAGACAGAUUGAAACAGCACUGACUGUCUAUGACCUAUCACAUGAAGGCUUUGAAGGUCUGUCCUCAGUUCUCAGAUCCCAGUCCUCUAGUCUGAGACAUCUGGCCCUCAGCACCAAUGACCUGGAGGAUUCAGGACUGAAGAUCCUACCUGUUGUUGCCACGGUGAUGUUCAGGCUGUUAGGGGGAAGUGUGCUCAGAAUGCAGAGACAGGCAGAAAGAGCUCUGGAAUAG